CACACGAAAUGACAGUUUUAUUUUGAGGAUGGGGACGGAUCGUGUGUCUUUUUGCAGGGUGUUGCUGUAUUAAUAUCUUCACCGACUUCGAUAGAUCGAGUGUAUAGUACUCCGCUCGCCGGAAUACUUCAGCCCCUGCUGUGUAAAAACUAAGUGUCAGGCAGUUCGCAGUUCUUCUCACCUAUGGCAGCCAUGGCCCAACGCCCAGUGCCGGCACGGCGGAAGAUGAACGUCGACAUGUCAUCCAAGACGAAACUGGUCCAGUCGUUCGUCGGGUUCAACUCCAGCACCGUCUCCGAUGAUCACAUGCAGCUUGCCAGAGAUUGCAUCAAGGCCGUCCAGCCUCGCAGCGCGCGCUACGAACACGUCCCCUUCCACAUGAUCGUCCAGUGGAACCAGGACAAGUCCAACCCCUCAAGUAUGAUAGCUCAGGCGUGCGACCUACUGCUGAAAUACGUCAUCAACUUGCUCAAACCAAAGAGACCCCAGGUGUGGCGCUCCAUCAAAGUCACAAACUCCCACUUCUGUGCCCGCGUCGAUUGCAUGGUGGGAGCCAGAGACAUCUUGGUGAAGAUCGGCUACUCCGAGUCCCUCCCAACUGCCAUGCAGUUUCCAGACCACGUCAAGGAGCCCGACAGGGAAAAACUCCAGGUCAUAGCUGCUGAGCUCCUGAUGGCAAAACUGGAGGCAGAGGGGGCCGAGGGCCAGUCGCUGUUAAUGACUCGGCAGUUCUCCGGAGGAAGUCAGGCGUCAACACCGUCCACCCCGACUGCAGGAUCGGAGCCAUCUUCCCUCUCUCCCUCGCACAGACCCUCUCCUCACGAACACACACACGGCACUCUCACUCACACCAACUCCGCUCCGAGUUCUAGUUACCAGCACCAUCAGUCGCCAUUCACUCGUGUGGCCAGUGUCAGUGAAAAUGGUGGUGUCUUGGGGAGUCCAGUGCAGCCCCUGCAGAUAGCGUCAACUAUCGCGUUUGUCCCUCACCCUGCCAUUUCCAGUACUUACGAGCCGCCCACCCUUCGAAAUGCUCCAGACACACCUCCAACUACCCAAACCCAGCCUUCUAGUCAGCCGACAUCACUUAAUUCCUCGGGGGACUCAAACUAUGGUACACCACCAUCCUCUAACUCCCCAAACACCACUAGUGAGCUGGACGAUAGCACAAACGCUUCGGUCGAUUACCAGACCAUGUUGAAGAUGCUCCAAAAGAAGCGAGGGGAAAUAAACGAAAAGAUAAAAAAGGAAAAGGAAAAAAAGCCCAACACACUGGCGACAGUCACACCAGCUGAAGACAGCCAAACUCAUAAGAACUUGGUGAGAGCAACUUCUUACCAAGGCUUACCUUCACAGAAACAGAAGAGAGUCGGUGGUCCAGAGAAGACCCACUUACCAAGAAAGGCUCAUCACUCUCCAAUCAUUGAGGAGGAACCUUCAGUUAACGGAGAAGGAGCGAGUCUGCAGAGCCGACCUCCCCAGCCUGUUGUGUCUGCCGCUCCCCCUGUCAACCCCGGGGGCCAAAUAUCAGGGAACCCUGGGGACCAAACAUCUGGAACCCAAUGUCCCCACUGCAGUCACAUAAUCCGGUCGGAUCUCGCCUCAUGUGACUACUGCUUCAAUCCUGUGUCUCAAUCCGUCACCUCCACGCUGCCUGCCCCCAUCCACACUGAGACUGGGCUUGUGAGACUCGGCUCCGGGGAACCACGACCCACGCCACCUCUACGGGCCUCUGCAGCCAGCGCCGAGGAAGCAAUGAAAAAACACCGCAUGACACAAGCCUUUACUGCCGAAAGAAACGAGACAGGAGCAGAAGCCGGUGCAGUCGCUCCGACUUCAAGCGCCGGAGUGCCUGAUAGCAACGAAAAAAGUUACAUAGAGAAGAUGCGUGAGAAAAUGGAGGUUUGGAGAAACGAGUGGAAAAGGAGGGGAUAUACGGAUGAUGAGAUUCCUGCUGAGCCAGGCAGUCAACCUCUGCCUCAGAUGAAGAAAAGGUCUCCCCAGCCCAGACAGCAGCAGCGGCAGCAGCAGGAGCAGCAAAAGGCGAAGAAGAGAGUGAACAAGAAGGACCUGGAACCCAGCAAGAACGCACUGAGUGACCUGGAGCGGUACAGGAGAGAGGAGGAGAGGAACAGAAAGAUGGAGAGCAUUGGGAGGGAAGGAGAGUCACUCAUGGAGUGUGUCAAAUUUUGUGUAAAGCGCAGCUAUGCCCUGGAGGAGAUAGCACUGGCCUACAAGAAGUGUGGGAAAGUCAGCAAAGAAAAGGUUUUGGCCUACCUCAGGCAGAACUGGGCACAGAGUGUUAGAGAGCUACAGGAGUAUGUUUAUAUGAUGGUGGAUCAAAAUGGUCGCUCGGUGGGUGUCCCGAGCGACCUGGAGGCCAGGAAAUAUCUGGUCCUCUCUGGUGGAGACGUGAUGACUGCUGGCAGAGAGGUCUACCUCUUCCGCAAAAAGAAGAUUGAGGAGCUGCAGCAGAAGUUCAGACCGCACCAAGAGCUGGACUGGAAGCCUGCAGUACAGGCUCUGUCUUCGUUCAACAUGAGCGUGGAGAAGGCAGCGUGCUCCAUCCAGUGCGAUGCUCUGCAACCGCUGUACGAAUUCAUCUUCAGUGAGUGGACCCAGGUGGCUGCCACUGACAUGAAGAACAUCAAAGGGAGGCUGAAGAAGGGUGGGGGAGAUGAGGCAAAGAGGGCUAACCUUCGUAUGCUGAUGGGGGAGUACAAGCUACCCAACAUGACCAAAGCAGAAAUGGUCCUCGAACUGAUGUACAAGAUGGAGGAUGAUGAAGAUAAGGACUAUCCUCUCUCCUACUACAUUGAUGCAGCGAGAGACUACUCAUCUAUGGAGGAUGCUGAGCGUGGUCUCAUAAAGGAGUGCCCAAUCUGCACGGAAACAAGACCUGUUCAUGAGACCAUCACUAUGCCAGGCUGCACUGAUACCUUGUGCAAGGAUUGCUUCAGGCGACAUUUUUCAGUGGUCAUAACAGAGAAAGGAGUAAAGCAUUUCAACUGUCCACUGUGUGAUCAGCCUGACAUGACAAACAGAGACGAUGCUCAGGAUCUGUACCAAGAUCUCUUUGUCCAGUUGAUCCAUGCACACCUGCCAUUGGACCACUACAACAUGAUGCAAGGCAAACUGGCCGAGAGAAAUCUACAGAAAGAUCCCGGCUUCCGAUGGUGUGCAAAUGACAAAUGUGGGAACUGUUUUAUCAACCCGAACCUCGACAGAAAGAAGAUCCAGUGUCCUAAUUGCGAUGGACUCAUGUGCUUUCAUGCAAGAAACCUUGGAAGGACCAGCACACCGGACUGACGUGUGAGGAGUUUGCCGAUUGGGAGAGGCAAAACGACCCAAGGUUCCAGAAGGAAGGCCUGGCCGCUCACCUGCAAGCCAACGGAAUCGAAUGUCCAGACUGCCACAUGCGGUAUGAGCUGGCUCGUGGAGGAUGCAUGCAUUUCAAGUGUACUCGAUGUCCCAAUGAGUUCUGCAGUGGCUGCGGAGGCUCCUUCAAGAAGGCACAGGCGUGUGGCAGAUUCCAGUCGUGUCUCAAAAAAGGCCUCCAUGCCCACCAUCCCAGAGACUGUCUCUAUUUCAUGAGGGACUUCAGUGUGGACUGGCUCCAGGCCUUCCUGCGGGAAAACAAAGUGGACUUUGAGACUCAGCCGGCACCUGAGCAGCUAGAGGCAGGCCAGCAAGCCAGGGGAGAGGAGGACGGGGAGGAGGGAGCUGUAGAACCUGGGGAUGGAGAAGAUGCACCAGCAAAGGAAGGUAUAAAUCUGAGGAUAAGGUUUUGGCUGCAGUUUUUAACUCCAGGAGGACAUCACAAUAGUAUCUUAGGAAGAUUAUACAAUAGCUUCUCUGUGUUUAUUGUGUGUAUAAUACAGGAGGAAAGGCAGAGCUGAAGUGCAGUGUGAUGUUGCAGAAAGAGCUGGUGGACAAACUAGUGGACGAGCCGUGUGGAGAUCCGGUCAAAGACGGUCACGCCGGACUCUGCGAGUAUGGCUCAAUGCCCCAGACUUAGAGAACUCUUGUUUCAUCAUCUCUGUCCCAUAGGAAACACUACAAAGAGUAUUUGGUUGACCGGAUCAACAAGGCAAAGUUGGAUCCUCUUCCACUCUACGAAAAGGAUGGCAAUAUUGAAAUAAUAUUAAUGAGGGAAGAGAAGGCAGUGCCUGAGAAGGAGGAAGACGAAACUGAUGAUCAUUACAAACAGAGGCUCAUCGAGCACAUAAAGAGAGAGGUUCCCCUGCAGAGGGGAGUUGAAGCCCAGGAACCUCAGCCUGCUGCCAACGUGCAGGAGCCAGCGCAGUGACAGUUUUUUUGCUUGAGAAAUAUUUUAUAUGCGGUUUCGUUUUGUAGAAGUGUUUCCGGGCUUACGUGCGUUCGCGCAAAAG